CGGCUCCCCGCUCGGCGCUAAAGGCGGAAAUGCAUGCUUAAUCGACCUCGGCUUUUGGAGUUCGAUCUCGUCAAGCUAUCGGCGAACUGCCCGAAUGAAAUGAGAGAAAAACAUCUCCAAUCGAGCUCCGGUCCCGGUCCCGGUCCGCGGACAGUACAUGAUAUACAUGCCUGAUAACCCCAACUUUACAUGACGUGGAAUCUGAUCCAACCUUCCUCUCUUCGUGGAAUCCAUAUGUACCGCUUCAAUUGAACGACAAUGAACGUCACGUUGAAGUUGCACCAGGCUGUUAUCGCCCGUCGGCCAGCGCUUCGUUGGUCGAGCUCGGUUCUCCGCCGCACCACAGCUCCAUGGCGCACAUACUCCAGUACACCGGCGGACGAUACGCUGCCCUUGAAGGGCGUUCGGGUACUUGAUAUGACGAGGGUUUUGGCUGGUCCAUACUGUACGCAGAUUCUGGGAGAUUUAGGAGCAGAUGUUAUUAAAAUUGAACACCCGGUGCGGGGCGAUGACACUCGCGCCUGGGGACCGCCAUACGCCAAAUACCAGGAUGAGUCGCGACAAGGUCCUGGCGAAAGCGCAUAUUAUUUAGGUGUCAACCGCAACAAGAAAUCCUUAGGACUGUCGUUUCAACACAAGUCGGGCGUGGAGAUCCUGCACCGCCUUGCGAAAGAAUGCGACGUUCUCGUCGAGAACUACCUCCCCGGAAGUCUGAAGAAAUAUAAUAUGGACUACGAAACCCUGCGGGAGAUUAACCCCAAGCUGAUCUACGCGAGUAUCACCGGAUACGGCCAGACGGGCCCGUACAGUAACCGGGCUGGGUACGAUGUCAUGGUCGAGGCGGAGAUGGGCUUGAUGCAUAUCACUGGGGCCCGGGAUGGGGAUCCGGUGAAGGUGGGUGUAGCGGUUACGGAUUUGACGACGGGAUUAUAUACAUCUAAUGCGAUCAUGGCGGCGCUGCUGGCUCGCAUGCGGACAGGUAAGGGUCAACAUAUCGAUGCUUGCUUGAGCGAUUGUCAGGUCGCGACGCUAGCGAAUAUUGCUAGCUCUGCGCUGAUUAGCGGGGAGAAGGAUACUGGAAGAUGGGGGACCGCGCAUCCUUCCAUUGUUCCUUACCGGAGUUAUCAGACGCUGGAUGGAGACAUUCUCUUUGGCGGCGGGAACGACAGACUGUUCGGUGUGCUGUGCGACCGUUUAGGACACCCCGAGUGGAAGACCGAUCCUCGGUUUGUUACCAAUAGUGACCGUGUCAAGCACCGACAGGAGAUCGAUGGCCUCAUCGAGGAGAAAGUCAAACAAAAGACGACGCAAGAAUGGCUGGAGAUCUUGGAAGGCAGCGGGAUGCCAUAUGCCGCCGUCAAUGACAUUCAAGGAACCCUCAACCAUUCUCACGUCCAAGCGCGUGGGAUGGUCACCGAAGUCGAUCAUCCAGCAUGCGGUCCCAUCAAGCUAGUCAACACGCCGAUUAAGUAUUCCCAUGCCACGCCUGGCGUGCGGACGCCGCCCCCAACCCUUGGCCAACACACGGAUGAGAUUCUUGGGGAGAUUCUCGAAUACGGUAAGGAUGACAUUGCUCGUUUGAAGCAAGACGGUGUAGUGUCAUAAAGAGACAACCGGUUUGCCAACCGGCUAGAUGUUACGAGCCGUAAUAUGCGUCGAACUGCAGCGCCUAGGCCUUGCAUCGCUCUGGUACCAGUAGCACCUUUUGUACAUAGAGAUCACAAUGAGUGAAUCAAAAGGCUAGUGAUGAUCAUUUCCGCCCGAAAGCAUGAUUGACAACGAAUUCUUAAAAAGGGAUGAAUCUCGCUUUCCAGGGCGCGGGGGGAUUUUAAUCACGUGACCAUAUAUAAGUUUCAAUCUUUGGGUCCGUCGCAAAGGCGAAUUCUGCGCCGUUCAGGACAGUCGA